UUAGUUUAUAAGAUUUAACAAAAACAUGAAAAUUCGGACGAAUAACAUCGGAGGAUUUUUCAUUUUCCUCCUUACUCUUGCUUUGCUGGUAUUCGGAAUCAUAGUAAUGAACUAUCUAUGCAUUCUGUACUGGUUUGAAGAGCCAGCGGUUGAGAAAAGGAUGGUUUCAGUGAUCCCAACUACUAAUAUUGGAACAGUCAUUUUUAUCUUGUUUAAUUUUCUUGGAUAUUUGAGCACUGUCUCUCAUCUUAGAGCAAGUUUGACUGAUCCAGGAAUUAUUACUCCAGAUAUCCUUCCUCCCUCUGAUUUUCCGAAGGAAGAUAUAAAGCCAUGCAAGAAAUGUAACUUGAAAUGGAAGCCAAUGAGAGCCCAUCAUUGCUCAGAAUGCAAUGUAUGAAUAUUCAAGAUGGAUCAUCAUUGCCCAUGGAUCAAUAGUUGUGUAGGAAUAAAGAACACUAAGUACUUCUUCUUAUUCACCCUGUACACAGGUCUAGGUGCUCUGUUUGCUAUUGCUCUCUUAAUCACUGGAUUUAUCCUGUUAUUGCAGGAUACAACUGACACUCAUUAUAGCAAAAGUGGAUAUCCAGUAGCAUUCUUCCUUUGCGUCUGAGUAUUAAUAGAGUCUAUUUUGUUCUCCUUCUUUACUCUAGAAUUAGUUGGAGAACAAAUUGAGUCUUUUCAAGACAACCAAACAUACAUUGAUGAUUUGAAGGAUCUCAUAGGAGUUCCUCUGACCCUAGGUGAGGCCUUUAAGGAAUGGAUUGGAGAGGACUGGACAUUCUGGUGGCUUCCAACGCAACCGGUCUUAAAAUUGAACUACUGCAGUCGUCUUUACAAAAUGCAAGAAAUUAUUUCUAGAAAAUAUCAAGAAUACGAGAAGUUAGAAUAUGAUACAACUGGAAAGUAUAAAGCUAUAGCAUUGCAAGAGGCUAAACAGGAUAGACUGAAGUUCUUUGGAUUCACAGUAGCUAUGGUAGUGACCUUAUAUUUUAUAGUAGUCAUGUUUUAAAUAAUUCAAUCGUCAUUGGCAUA